AUGGGUAGCGCGAAUGAGGACAACACGCGGCGCGGUCUAAGCUCACUUAGCACACACCUGCGAGACCUGAACGUGUUUGAUAAGCAGAAGCUUCCGCCAGUGAUCCACGGUAGAAAAGCUAGCACCUACUUACGUAUUUUCCAGGAUGAUGAGCAUACACACAAUAGAGAACCACAGGGCGCAGUGACCAAGCCCGAGGACGCCAGGGCAGAACCGGUAAGUUGGAAGAUGCCGUUCCACCAGACCAAGACCCUUUUGCAUGGCCACGUACACGAGCCUCGGCUGUCGCUGGGCCGCCGGCACUCGUUCUCAAGCUCCGAUGUGCACCACAAGUCGCGUCGCGGGUCUCUGAAGGAGAGAAACACACAGCCCUUUCACGGCUACAGGCCGCCGAGGCUACCGAAAAAGGCACAGGUCGGAAGCGGCUCUCAGAGGUACCCUCUACAUUCUGCAGAGGGCUUGCAACUUCAUCACGAGAGUGACACAAUCCCGGAAGGCGCGUGCCCGCAGCUGGCGCAGGCGCAGCAACGUCCCCACGCUCUUGCCGAAAAUUCCGAAACUGGGGAAGUCGACAGCCAGGGAAACAAAGCCAAAACGCUGGCCCUUAAGCCGAUUUCGUCGGCCACAUAUUACCCACAUCAAACACACAACGAACUGGCCGAUGGCACCGCACCAGUUACGCUAGCACAUUCGGCGCCGUCCGUGCCCCAGCGAACUCCACUGAAGACUCACCAGUCUCAGCCCGGAGUUCCACAGACAACUAGAAAAAUUGAGAGCAGGCAACAAGGCUCGAAGUCAGAAGACGAGUCCGAGCAUGACGAAGAAGAGGUGUACCCUCUGGCAGUCGAGCUGCAACCCUUCAACAAUAAGGUCGGUGGGCACACCGCCAUUUUCAGGUUUUCCGAGAGAGCAGUGUGUAAGGCUCUUGUAAGUAGAGAAAACAUGUGGUAUGAAAACAUCGAACAACAGCAUAAAGAGCUUCUACAGUUUAUCCCACGCUACAUCGGUGUUCUCAACGUUAGACAACAUUUUAACUCCAAGGAAGAGUUUUUGCAGGAAGUUGAACGUGAGAAGAAGGCCAAAAUAAUAAAGAAGCAACAAAAGAUGGACUCUCUUUCAGUUGAUGGACCAUCCCAAAAGGAGACUCGCUGCGCGACCCCUCCUCUUGCAAUGAAAAACCCGGAGGUAGUUCUUGAUGAUAAUAAGCAUAUAAUUCCGGACUCUCUGUGGUACAAGUAUUCUCACUCUCCAGAAUCCGCACCAAGCGAUUCUUUCCUUUCUUCACAUAGCAUGGAAGACCGCAGCUCGAGGGGAUGGGACUCUGGGUCGACUGUCGUCAAUACUAAGCUCCAAGAAUUAGUAUUGAAGGAGGUUUUCGCCCCAACCAAACGAUGUGCUCACGCAAGGGUAUCUUCGUUAGGUGAAAGGCAGCUGCCUCAAGGAAGCGUCUCAUCUAACAACCUUACUUCCUUCAAUAAUGACAGAAGAAAUUCUGAGGAGCUGAAACAGCCAGACAGUACAUCUCCUUCAUCACCCAUGCUUAACAAGUCAGCUAAGGUUAGCAUCGCCAACGCUAUAGAUUCUCAUAGUUCUGUCUUGGAUUUGAAGCAGUUUAAUGAGCGAAAGCUGGCUCAGAUAGAUGCUGAGACCAAAACUCUGUCACAACAGAAGCCAGACGAAACACUAAGGUCUUCAAGUCCUUUCCACAAAUUUGCUGAGGGACAAACAGAUGACGAGGGGGUGUUUACCAUGGAAGAGGACUGCCCACGCACAAAGGAAGAGCCACCCAACGAAUCCGUCUUAUUUGAAGAGAACUCGCACACUAUUGUCUCAAAGUUCAUUUUGCUCGAAGACCUCACGCGGAAGCUCGAUAAACCGUGCGUCCUGGACUUGAAAAUGGGCACUCGCCAAUAUGGCGUUAGCGCGAACAAGUUUAAACGUCUCUCGCAGAACAAGAAAUGCCGUCAGACGACUUCGAGGAAGCUGGGAGUUCGAAUUUGCGGCCUCAAGAUUUGGAGCAAGGACUACUACAUCAAGAGGGACAAAUAUUUCGGUAGACGUGUCAAGAUUGGCUGGCAGUUCGCGCGCGUUUUAGCCAGGUUUCUGUACAAUGGAGAGCAGAUAUCAAGCAUAGUCAGCCAAAUUCCUCGAGUAAUCUCGCAACUGGACAAACUAUAUGCAGAAAUUUCCAAGCUAAAAGGAUACCGCUUGUACGGCUCAUCACUCCUCUUGAUCUACGAUGGCAAUGGCUCGUCCAGUAAGAAAUGCGAGGUGAAGGUCAACUUGAUCGAUUUUGCGCAGUGCGUGACAAGCGACGACGUCGCCACAAGCUGGGACUCAUUCCGCAUCCCACCAAAGUCGCCGGAAACCGAAGAUAGAGGUUUUCUGCGAGGAGUGCGCAGCUUGAAAUUUUACCUUCAGAGCCUUUGGAACUACCUUACCGGUGACAGUCCUCUGCUCUUUGAUGACGCCUUGAACGAAUACAUACAGUGCAACAAAGAGAGCUUCGAGAAGCCAUGGGAUUGGCUCGAUAACUUCGACCAGGAGUCCGAGUUUGAGUUUGAUGACGCGGAGAGCGAACUUCGCAAGAAAUGGCGGAAAUACGAGCUUAUCUUUGAUGUCGAGCCCCGCUACAUGGACGACGCUGAAAUCAGCGAGUAG